CAACUUGUGGGCAAAGACGUUUUGACCGGGUCCGAGCUUUAUGAAAUGCAAAUAUGUCUGGGUCAGGGUCUGGAAACUUGUAAUGCUGCCUUGGGACUAGUGAAUGCUUUGUAAUGCCCAGCCAAGCAUGAGAAAUCGUGUUGCGUUUUUCGUAUGACAAACUGCGUUUUUGCAUGACAGACAAAAGGGUCUCUUCUUGGACACGCAUCACAAACAUCCCAGACAAGCAUGACAAGUCUCGCAAUCUUCCAGACCCAGAUGACAUUUUUGCAUUUGAUAAGCUUUUGGGCGGUAAUUGGGGCAAGCAGCACGACGUACUCAUCAACGAACUGACCGCCGGCGGAAGCGGAACGCCAGAGAAGUACCGAUUUCACUAUGGAGGGGUGUCUGCAGUCACCGGAAAGCGCGGGUCGGCCGGCGGUAUGCGGAUCGAGAAAUGUUGCGGCCCGAAUGGGGAAGGAAAGUUUGUGGAGUCUGUCCUGCAGAACGUGCACGACCACGUCCUGCUUAUCGAGUAUCCGGACAAAGGCCCGCGCCCUGUGCCGCGCCGCGGGAACCAUCACGUCACGUGGUUUGUGGAGCAAUUCGCUUCUACUCUUCUCUUAACCAGUUACCUCGACCACGGCCCCGCGGGCCAGGACGACACGCAGAACAAUUACUGGGGAUUUUGGCUCAAAUACUUCCAGCACAAAGCCGGCGUUCAGAUGCAAACGACGGCAGCCCCCGAGGAGGCAAAGGCCUUCUUGAAGCAAAUGUUUGCCCUUUGCGGGGGUAUGGGGCGUGCUUUCCGCUACGUGGACGGUUUGACGCAGCCCUGGAUGCGGUGGAAGACGGUUGCAGAUCUCAGUGCGUUGUCUCCCGCGGCCGAAGCAAGCUUUACUGCGAAGCUGCAGGCGGCGCGCUUUCCGGCGUGGAUGAACACGGUGGGCGAGCUAAAGCGAAAUCUGGGUCGGUUGUCCACCCUGGACAACAUGCUGGGAUUCCUGUUCGUGCGCGAGGUAGCCCGGGAAAUGCGAUUUGGCGCGGAAUUUUUUGCCUCCGCGGAACAACAUGACGCCUUCCUGGACGAGUUGUUCCGGCUUACCUUGAGCAUUCACCACAUCGAGGUAGCCGUCAAACGUGACUACCAGCCGCGCAUGCCAACGGGACUGCCGGAGACCACGGAUCCGAACCACGCCCUAUAUUACAUGAACAUGCCCAAAGACUUCCCACUGUCUCUGACCUACGACCCCGCGGCGGGGCCCGCCGCGACAGAAAAACAGGCCGACUGGCUGUUCUGGCCCGUGUUCCACUUUGGUCACGACCUAGGGCACUUGCGGCCCACGUGCAAUUACGACCACUUUUCGCCGCACUUUGUCGCGGCGAGUUUCCACCUGGGCCGCUACGCGAUCUUCAAGCUGCUCGGUGCGGUUUUGCCGAACACGG